AUGAUACAUGACGCGGAACAGUACAGCCGCAGGACUUACCGCUUACGACUUACUGGUAUACCCGAGACAGAGGGCGAGAGUACAGAUGACAUCAUUAUCAAACUGUGUAAGCAGGUCAAUGCUGACAUAAAAUUGUCAGAUAUUGACAGAAGUCAUCGUGUUGGUAAACCCGGCCAUUCCAAAAGCAGACCUAUCAUAGUCAAAUGUGCUACCUAUCGGUCACGUCAAACCCUUUACAUAACUCGUGCGGCGCUAAAAUCAACGGGCUUCUACGGUGUCUAUCUAAACGAAGACUUAACCCGUAAAAGAAGCCAGAUCAUGUACACCGCCAAUCAUCUUGUAAAAUACAAAAAGCUGGAGGGCUGCUGGACUGCAGACGGGAUCAUUAUGGUCAAGGACCUCAAUCACCGUACCCACAGGGUUGUUCGACAUGAUGAACUCAAAGUGUUCGAAUAA